AUGACUGAGUCUCAGGCAGAAGGUGGCGUUCAAAAGUUUCCUUACCCGACCAAGGUGUGGUCCCCUGCCGGUGGCUGGUGGCCUGCACCCAAGAACUGGAAGGCCAACACCAUCAUUGCCGCAGCCGUCAUCGCAACAGUGUGCAUUCCCGCCUACAUCAUCUCUGAGCGACGCAUGCGUUACGCGUAUCCCUUCAAUCCUACUUGCUAUCAUUGCCAAAUCUCUGUGUACUUAUGCCGAGUUCUCAUGUUCGUGCGGGUGUUAUAUGAUGUAAUUGUGCAUGUGAUGUAA